AUGCAGACGCUGGAUCUUGGGUUCCAGGCCGACACCAUCCCAAGUCUAUAUGGAGCUCUCAGGGUUCCUACCUGCCUUCAGGCCAACAUCUUUGAGGCACUAUAUAAUAGCAGUUUGAGGUCAGUGUCUAGAAGAAUAAGGAUUCUGGAAUUUGCUGCCAAAUGCAUCUCAGGUUUUAAAACUCAUGGUCUCUUACUCCUUUUUGCUAUUUAUUAUGUAAUCUUCCUGCUCCACCAAUGGAUAAUGGGAAGAAAAAGCGCUUCUCCUUUAACAUCGAAGCCUUUCCUCGUGAAUUGCCUCGCUUUUGGGCAGGUGUGGGCCAAGGAGCUGGAAGAACGCUGGCAAGGUUGA